AUGGCGUGGUCCAAGUCCUCGCGGAUCUUGACCAUGGUGGCCAUCUGCACCGUAUUUUUCCUCGUCGAGCUGAUCUCGGGCUACAUGAUCCAUUCGCUAGCCCUCCUGGCUGACGCUUUCCACAUGUGGCUCCGAGCUGAAAUCCUCGGCGCUUUCUUCAACGCCGUCUUCCUAAUUGCGCUCUGCGUCUCCAUCGUCCUUGAAGCUGUUACCAGAUUUUUCGAUCCUCCCGAGAUUAGUAACCCGAAAGUCAUGCUUAUCGUUGGCUCCUUUGGUCUGGCCUCCAACCUUGUUGGCUUCGCAAUCUUGGGAGGCCAUAGCCAUGAUCAUGGCCAUAAUGAUGGCCACGACCACGACCACGACCACGAUCACGACCAUGGCCACGACCACGAACACCCACAUAGCCAUGACCAGCAGCGUCGGGCGGAAGAGGGACAGGCCGAGUUUCCCGAAACCGACGCCGACGCCGCCGACGAGACCGGUGCGGCAGCGGAUGUCCUUCCCCACGUUGUGCUGGCUAGGGCGUCCUCGGUCUCGCGCCAAGCCACGAGAAGGUCGGAUGGCGCGCCGGACGAUCGUCAGAACUCUGCGUACAGGGGCCGCUCACGCCGCCGGGCGGGCAGCGCGCACCAUUCAAGACUCACAAGCAUCGAGGACUUGAGCAUCUACCCCUCGAGUUUCCGACAAGAAAUCAUUGCUGCUUCACGAUCGCACCCCACUUACAACGAAGUUUCAUCUUCUGAUGAAGACGAUCGCCGCCCUAACGAGCGGACUUUGGACUCGGAGACGCACGUGCACCAUCAUCACAGCAAGCCGAAGAAGGAUAGGCCUGCGGGUGGAUUGGGCCAUAACCACGGCGACAUGGGAAUGCAGGCCAUGGUCCUUCACGUGCUUGGCGAUGCGCUUGGCAACGUUGGUGUCAUCAUCACGGCGCUAGUCAUCUGGCUGACGGAAUGGCGUUAUAAGCUUUAUACUGAUCCCUUUGUCUCCCUCUUCAUCACCGUCAUCAUCCUCCGAUCCGCCCUGCCCCUCACCUUUGCCACGUCCAAGAUUCUUCUCCAAGCCACACCCGACUACGUCGACGUCAACGAGUUGCGCGAUGACAUCGAGAGCUUGCCGGGGGUGCUCAGCUGCCAUCACAUACACGUCUGGCAGCUCUCCGACACCAAGAUUGUGGCGUCGAUGCACAUGCAACUCUCGUUCCCCAUCACCGACGAUGGCGGCGAGAAGUACAUGCAGCUCGCGAAGCGCGCGCGCAAGUGCCUGCAUGCUUAUGGCAUCCAUAGCGCCACUAUCCAGCCCGAGUUUUGCCCCGACAGCAGCCGGCACCGCCAGUUUGUGAGCAUUGAAGAGGCCCGCGCGCAUGGGAUCCAAGGCGCGGGUGAUGGAGCCGUGAGCCCCACGACCUCGUCGAAACAGGUGCCCAUGUGCCUGCUCGAGUGUGUGGAUGACUGUGACCAGGAAGGCUGCUGCAGUAUCCUGAGCACCUCCACAGCGAGCCAUCCACCGGCGGAUGGUCAUGGUCAUGACCAUGCCCACUAG